AGCGCCGCCCGGCCCGGCAGUCCGCCGGCACCCGCCACCACGGGCACACGCCUCACACCAUCGCGAAUGAACCUCACGCCGCCCCGCGAUCACUAUCAAACAUCCUGACGCCGCGAAUCAAAACCUAUGAGUGAUUAAGGACUAGUAUUUUUGUACAGUGCAACCGGCUCGCGGUGAAAGUAUUUUUGUAGUGACAGGCUGAGGCGGGCGGAGGCUCGGCGCUCCGGCACAGUGGCUCAGUUGGCUCUCGGCCGCCGAGUGGCACGCAUCAUCGAUUUUCAAGAUACCACCGGUGUUCGCGAGACCAAAAUGCAUAUUGAAGUGCAAGUCGCGCUAAACUUCGUGAUAUCGUACCUGUACAACAAGCUGCCGCGGCGGAGGGUCAACAUCUUCGGCGAAGAGCUGGAGAAGGCUUUGAAGGACAAGUUCCGGGGCCACUGGUACCCGGACCGGCCGUGCCGGGGGUCGGCCUUCCGGUGCCUGAAGACCGGAGGCCCGCUGGACCCGGUGUUGGAGAGAGCGGCCCGGGAGUCGGGAGUGCCGGUCCGGGAUGUGCUUGAACAUCUGCCGAGAGAUCUCGCCGUUUGGGUUGAUCCAGGCGAAGUGUCGUACCGGAUCGGCGAGAAGGGCGCGGUGAAGGUGUUGUUCAGCAGCGACGAGCGCGCCGCCGACGAACGCACCGACAGAGAGGUGACCCGCGCGUUCAACCCCGAGGCGCAGUGCUUCCGGCCCGUGGAGCCGGCGGCCGCGCCCUCGCCCCCCGCGCCCGCCGCCUUCUCCCCCGCGCCGCCCUUCCGCGCGCAGCCGCUCACCUUCACCACCGCCACCUUCGCGCAGACCAAGUUCGGCAGCACCAAGCUCAAGACCAGCAGCAAGCGCGCCAACCGCAUGUCGCCCACCGAGUUCAGCAACUACAUCAAGCAGCGCGCGCUGCAGCAGCAGCUGGCGGCGCGCGCGCUGUCACCCCCCGCGCCCGCCGACCCCGCCGCGUACUUCCUGGCGCGCCCGCGCGACGCCGCGCCCCCGCCCGCCUACCCGCCCGCCCCCGCGCACCUGCUCCUCGCCAACUGAGCCGCCGGCCGCGCCCCCCUCCGCGCCACACGCUCAUAGACUCUUUACUUUUGUACGAGAGAGACGCGCGCCGCGAUUUAUUUUUUUAUUUUCCGCGGGGGCGCUCGCGCCGCCCGCUGCUUGUGAUAUCCGUACGAUUUUCCAUAACUUUUUGUAUUCUCGUUCGUUACGUCGAUGUGUAAAUUUAUCGAUAUAGGAGCAAUAAUCGGCCGCGCGACUCGCCGGCGAUUUAUUUUCGUAAUAUUUAAAGCCGAGUCACGUUUUUGAUGUCUUCGUUCGAUAUCGAUAUAUUCGUAGGGUAAGGAGAGGCCGGGAGGCCCCGUGCGCUUACGACGUACCUUCUAGAGCGAGCCUGUAUACAUACGUCCUCCAGUCUUAAAAGAGAAUACUGAUAUUAAAAUAUGUAUACAUAAUAUAUUAUUUUAUUAUAUUCGUACGCGACAAUCGUCUAACUUUUCACGUUAAAACGAAAAAGCCAAUAGAGAAAUUACGUAUUUUUAAUAUUGAAAUUGAUAUGUAAAACUCAUACAUAAUACUUAUUGUAUAGUAGCUAAUACUGACAUUGUAUGUACCUCCUGUAUGUAUGUAAUGGUAAAUGUUGCAUAUCCGGAUCCGGCCGGAGCGGCCUGCGCGGCCGUAGAUCUCACCUAGAGUAUAAUCAUUCAUUCGUAUGAUACCCUGAUAUGGUAAAUAUUAAUGAUAGGCAUAGUUACAUACGUUUCAAUCUAACAGUAUUUUUUUAAGAAGAUAUUAGUCCUUGUGUACAUUACCGGUCACCCUGCGCGGGACCUUAGUCUGUAUCGUACCUAUAUAUUGUUAUAAAAGACAUUUAAAUAAUAAAUGAUAGAAGAUUUCUCAAUUCAUAAAAUAACGGGUGCAUGCAAAUUCAUAAAUGAAUACUAUGUGUUAUUUAUCUUUUUAUAUUCUACUCGGCGUUUGCACUCAGUUUUUCAAUGGAGGGUGGUCUAGGGUAGGCGGGGAGUCCCCGAGGCCGGGUAGCGGGGGGCCUCCAGGGGUAGGGUAGCUUAGAGCCGACGGGUAGGCAAUAUAAUGUGACCACCGGUCGGCUAUCUUGAGGUUGUUUAGUGUUGUCGCUCUUCUAUCUACCCGGACCUGGAUAAAUCCAUCUAAGGCAUAGUUCUAGAGAAGAUAUAAAAUAAUUGUAGGGUAUAAAUCGGAUUGGACAAGAUAUUAGAGGCGCUUGGGUCCAGGGCCGGCUGGGUAGAUCGCGACAACCGUUAUAUUUCACUGUGACUACCUGUAAACUGUAAAUCAUAUUCGGUGCACAACAAAUGACAUGGUGUGAGAGGAAAUGUGCAACUAUUUUUUUAAUAUUUUUAUAUUUUGAUUUAGGUUAAGACUAAGAAAUAUGAUUUCGGUAGACAUUUCCUAUGAUACCUUUAAGUAGAAUUUUAUUGAUACCUAUUUAUUAAUGUACGUAUUGUGAAUAAUGCACUCUCGAUUGAAAAACUGACCAACAUGCUCCAGUAUUUUGUAGAUAAUUCUAUUUAUAUUUAAGUCUAAUUAUUACAACUUAGUGUAAUGAAAUUUUUUAUUAAAGAUUUAACUUUUUAUUUUCUUUCUUUUGUAUGAAAUAUUAGAUGGAAGUGUUAAAGAUAACAUAAUAUUUGCAUAAUAAUAUAGUGAAUACGGCACUCCAUGGCCGCUAAUAUAAUUAGUCAAUAAUAAUUUUUCAUAUUGUUGUACAACUUUUUAAGUUUAUAUUAAAAUGUUUUGUGCAAUCUG